GACAGUGCGAGCGUAGGAUCGACAGAGGGAAGAGUGGUAGAGUGGCUCGCCGGUCUUACCUGGUGUUACGUGCCACAGAAUCACUAGCCGGUCAGUCAGUGUACUGUCUCCUUCCUGCCCUUGAACGCUCGGCUGGACGGUGUUCUUUGCGCUCGCCUACCUCUCGUAGUGUCAACUGACAGAUUAAAGAGUACAACAAAGCCACCAUGUCGAGUCCGUCGCUGAAGGAUUUGCCAAAAGUAGCCUUAGACUUGAAAAGCGAGCUGGAGGGUUUCAACCAUGGCUGCAUGAAGAAAGCAGCGACCGCUGAGAAGAAUGUUUUGCCUUCCGCCGAAGACGUGCGACAAGAACGACAGCAUUCCGAAUUGAUCCACGACGUGGAAUCGUUUAAGCCAGAUCAAUUGAAACACGCCGACACAAAAGAGAAGAUUAUUUUACCCAACGCCAAAGACGUAGCCGCGGAGAAAACUCAACAAACGUUGAUCGCCGGCAUCGAAAAAUUCGACCAGAGCAGUCUAAAACGCACUGAGACCCAAGAAAAAAAUCCUCUACCUGACAAGGAUGUGAUCCAGCAGGAGAAGGGUAAACAACAGCUAAUCUCUGGAAUUGAAAAUUUCGAUCAGGCGAAACUGAAGCACGCGGAAACGCUGGAGAAAAAUCCCCUGCCAACCAAAGAAGCGAUCGAUGCUGAGAAAAUAGCUGCUUAAAGGAAGCUUUUGUGAUUCAAAGA